UGCUGCUGCAGUUUGCAUUUUAGAACUGUACCUGGCACAGCCGCGACCAGCGUUCUCUCCAGAUGCAGUCCACAGUCGCCAUGGGGGCCGCGUGGUGCAGAGACAGAGCGCACAAUUCCAAGUCCCCCCUCGAUAGGAUCAUCGUGCAGAUCUGUCCAAACACCGACCAGAGACCGAGGGCCUCCGAGAACAGCAAGAACAUCACUGACAGAGUAACGAGUAGACCGAUCGUAAGCCAGCCAGAACCUAUCCACACCAGACACCAGCCCAUCAGCGCUACGCAUGCAUUGAACGCAAAUUCUAAAUGGCAGAUCGCGUCUCUCAGCGUCCCCGAUUCACCAGACGAGAACAGAACACCAAUACCUCCGCCUAGGAAGAAGAAACAACAGCGUUUGCAACAGGAGAGAUGGAAGUCCGUCCCCCGCCCUCCACCGCCACAACCACCUGACGUGGCCAACAAGAAACGGAGGCAGAAGACACUGUCCACUGUAUCUCUGCCAAACUACUCCGAUCUCUCCCUGUCUGUAUACAACGAGAAGCCAGCCUCUGGCCACGGGACGCCGAUGAUAAAUGAAUCGUGCAUGCCCCUGUCGGGAAAGAGCCCGGGCAUCAGCUCACUGACAGUUGAGAAGAUCGAAAACUGCGUUAGGAGAUGUAGAAGUUUCGGUGCCUUCAAGCCAGAACAGCAGAAACUAAAGAGUGCACAGAGGAAUUCCUCCGAGAGCGACGAUUCGUUUGACGGACUAGACGAUUGGGACCUCCGUGUCAUCGAACACUGCGAAGCUUAUGAGGCGAGCCCACCACAAACCAUGCUUCCACCACAAAGAGCUCGAAGGACGCCGGACAGCGAGUUACACAAAACGGAGACGAGUUCAUCUGAGUGCAAACUGGAUCCAGCAUCCUCUACAGAGGAUCGAACACAGGAAGAUAAAGGCGAAAGCAGUCUAUCCGAACCAAGGGCUGAAUCCAUCGACAAUCCGGUCCUUGUGUACGACUUCGUAAACCUGAAAAAAACACCUGCAGAUUUAACUCUUAUGAACGGUUUCAAAGAGACCGGUCUUAAGACUCCGCCGCCGAGCCCAGAGAACACGAAAUCCAAACCGCCAGAGAAAUGGGGUCACCCAGAUGGAGGACAACCGACGCAUUCGACUCUCCUCCGACUGCUUAAAGAGUUCCAGACCUCCGAGGGCAAGAUGGAGGACAGCGGGGCUCAGCAGGUUCUGAGAGAGCUGGGUCUGCCGCCUACCUUGCGAGAGCCAACCAGUCAUGGCAGCAGUGGACGGUCUUCGAUGACGCCAUCGCUCAGCGAACUAGAGACUGCGCUAAGUGACCUUCUGGAAGCGUCGGCCUCGCGGACGGGCGCCGAAGACGACGACGAAGACGCCGCCUCGCCACCGAUGCAACAGACGCUCAGAGUGAUCUCGCCGAAGCCAUACAGCUCUUUUAGCAAUUCGUUCCACCCCGUCCAGACAAAUGUCGGGAAUAAGCAGCUAGAGACUUCGGCGUGAGGCUUAGAUCGCGCACAUGUAGAUAUGUACAGCAUUAAAUCAACUCUCAAUUCA